AUGGCCGCGCAAGUGGCUGACAGCCGCGUUGCGGCAGAGUCCGCAGCACUGACCAAUCUCAUCAAGCGCAAUGCGCAAAUGUCCAAGGCGAUAUACUUUGACGGGCGCUCUGCGACUGAUUCUUCUGGUGCGCGCAAGCGGCUUCGAGUCGACCCAGCGAGCGGCACCGACCCGGACGUAAACGAAGAAGCCCUGUCAUUACGCCUAAACGCGGAAUAUGCCGACGUUCAAACUCUUCCCGAGGCCUUGGCCGCGAAACAGGUCGCCGCAGUCGGUGCUGCUUCCGCGCGAAGAAGGGCUCAGCGUAGAAAAGCCGAUGAGCUGCCCAGCAGCGAGGAAACCACGACAAGGAAGAUGAUCGAAGGGAUCCAGGAGUCUGGAAAAACGACAAAAAAUGCGACAGUGGGUACUGCACAUGGCAAAACAACACAGACGACAGCCUUGAUGCGGACCAGGAGAAACCCAGGGGCUGGCGCAGAAGCAGAACCUGGACCUGGUGCCGCUCGAGGACAACCAGGCCAGCAGUUGAUUCGCGCGCAAGACCUACACGCACAACCGCGGCCUGACUGGCACCCGCCGUGGAAGUUGAUGCGGGUUGUCUCUGGUCACCUCGGCUGGGUGCGCAGUUUGGCGGUGGAGCCCGGCAACAAGUGGUUUGCGAGUGGGGCCGGAGACCGAACCAUCAAGAUCUGGGACCUUGUGUCCGGUCAGCUACGCCUCACACUGACGGGCCAUAUCUCGACCGUACGCGGCCUUGCUGUGUCCCCGCGACAUCCGUAUCUCUUCUCUUGUGGAGAGGACAAGAUGGUCAAGUGCUGGGACCUCGAGACAAACAAGGUCAUUCGUCAUUACCAUGGCCACUUGAGCGGCGUCUACACGCUGGCCUUACACCCCACACUCGAUGUACUUGUCACGGGCGGUCGCGAUGGCGUCGCACGUGUCUGGGAUAUGCGCACGCGCAGCAACAUUCACGUUUUGGCUGGCCAUACGGGCACAAUUUCCGAUGUCCGCUGUCAGGAGGCAGAUCCGCAAGUCAUUACGGGCUCGCUGGACAGCACUGUGCGGCUGUGGGAUCUGGCUGCUGGCAAAUCCUCUGGUGUACUGACCCACCACAAGAAAGGUGUGCGUGCUCUGACUGUCCAUCCGACCGAAUUCACCUUUGCCAGUGCGAGCGCCGGGAGUAUCAAGCAGUGGAAGUGCCCUGAGGGCGCAUUUAUGCAAAACUUUGAGGGCCACAACGCCAUCCUCAACACUAUGUCUGUCAACGCCGACAACGUGCUGUUCUCUGGAGCAGACAACGGGUCCAUGAGCUUCUGGGACUGGAAGACUGGCUACCGGUUCCAGUCGCUCGACACGGUUGCACAGCCUGGCUCGCUCGACGCUGAGUCUGGAAUCAUGAGCUCCACAUUCGACCAAUCGGGCCUGCGUUUGAUUUGCGGCGAGGCCGAUAAGACCAUCAAGAUUUGGAAGCAAGACGAGCAAGCGACUCCCGAAACGCACCCAAUCAGCUGGCAACCAGCAAUGUCACGGCGACGGUAUUAG